CUCUCGCUGGUGUAAUGACGUCAACAGUGUCACUUGUGGAUAGCCGGGGCGCCGCAUUAACCGCAAUCUGCUCCAGGUAGUACACUAGACCGGGCUGGGAAGCGCAUCACGGUGUAACAAAGGUGCAGAUUCUUUAGCGCUGAAGGAUAUUAUCGCCACGGUCUGGUUGAUUAAACCGGUGACCUCGGGAAUUCUGUCUAUUGUCUCCAUGCACGAUGACCAUUAGCUAGCCAGCUGGGCAGUGGAACCCCUACCCCCACUCCCAACCCAUCCGCUAUCCCACCUGCAACCAUGAAUGGUGGUGUGAAUAUUUGGGCCAUCACACCAGAGGAAAGGAGCAAACAUGACCGCCAGUUUGACUCGCUCACCCCUACACUCGGAUAUGUAUCAGGAGAGCAGGCACGACGGUUUUUCAUACAGUCAGGCCUUCCUGCUUCAGUGCUGGCAGAGAUCUGGACUUUGGCGGACCUGACCAACGAUGGGAGGAUGGACCGGUUGGAGUUCUCCAUCGCCAUGAAGCUGAUCAAGUUGCAGCUGCAGGGUCAGGCCCUGCCCCCCGCGCUGCCCGACAUCAUGAAACAGACGCCCACCCCUUCCAUUCUGACCUCAUCAGCCCGCUUCGGUAAGCCACGCCUCUGCGCAAUCAGCGCCUCUCCAAAGAUGGAGGGAAGCGGAAUAUGA